GUUGAUGUGCUGGUAGCUCAGUUUCCUCUCCACCGUUGGAUUGUCUGCAGGCUUUGGACGGGCUCACACUUACCGUCAUCCCCCUCACCUGUCAGGAUGUUCAUGCAUUUGGAGGUUUUCUAUUACGUUUUCAUUCUCCUAACUCACAUGAGGUCGUGCUGCUGCUGGUCAGUGAAUAAUUUCUUGAUGACUGGACCCAAGGCAUACCUGAUCUACUCCAGCAGUGUUGCAGCAGGAGCUCAGAGCGGCAUAGAGGAGUGCAAAUACCAGUUUGCAUGGGACCGCUGGAACUGCCCCGAGAGAGCUCUGCAGCUGUCCACACACAGCAGCCUGCGCAGCGCAAAUCGGGAGACAGCAUUCGUUCACGCCAUCAGCUCCGCCGGGGUCAUGUACACUUUAACCAGGAACUGCAGUCUGGGAGACUUUGACAACUGUGGCUGUGACGACAGCAGGAACGGACAACGAGGUGGUCAUGGUUGGCUCUGGGGUGGCUGCAGCGACAAUGUCGGCUUCGGAGAGGCCAUCUCCAAACAGUUUGUUGAUGCCUUGGAGACCGGGCAGGAUGCACGGGCAGCCAUGAAUCUCCAUAAUAACGAGGCCGGGCGCAAGGCUGUAAAAGGGACCAUGCAGAGGACAUGUAAGUGCCAUGGGGUGUCAGGAAGCUGCACCACUCAGACCUGCUGGCUGCAGCUGCCAGAGUUCAGGGAGGUGGGGAACUACUUGAAGGAGAAGUACCACAGGGCUUUGAAAGUGGAUCUCCUCCGAGGAGCGGGGAACAGCGCGGCUAGCCGGGGGGCGAUUGCCGAGACCUUCAGCUCCAUCUCUCGCAAGGAGCUGGUCCACCUUGAAGACUCCCCCGACUACUGCCUGGAAAACCGCACCCUGGGCUUGCCGGGCACAGAGGGCCGCGAGUGCCUCAAGAAGGGCAAGAACCUGAGCAAAUGGGAGAAACGCAGCUGCAAGAGGCUGUGUGGGGAGUGCGGGCUGGCCGUGGAAGAGCGCAAGGCCGAGAUGGUGUCGAGCUGUAACUGUAAAUUCCACUGGUGCUGCGCAGUGAAGUGCGAGCAGUGCAGGAAGACAGUGACCAAGUACUUUUGUGUAAAGAAAGGAGGUCAGAGGGGAAGGAACGAGAGUGCCGGCAGCCGCCGCAAGAACCUCAGGCUGAGGAAGAAGCACUGAGCGUCUUCAUCACCCCCUCCCCUGCUGUUCCACUGCAGCUCCUGUCAGACUCUGUGCAUGUUCAGAUAGUGUGUGUUUUGGAGAAAAACCUAGCAAAAAUACUAUUUCAGACCAUCUUCAUUGUCAGUUUUGUAUUAAAAGUUCAAGACAGUGGAAUGCGCACAAAGCCACAUGAUAGAGCAAAUGAGAAGGGGAGGUUUGACAGCGUUUGGUGUAAAUGUAUUUAAGAUAUAUUUUUAUACUUUUUACAACAUUUUUAAAAAGUCACCAGGCAUUUGAAGAGAAUUGUCUUCAAAAUUCUCCACAACACGAUUUAUUUAUUUUCAUACAGAAAACCUUUUGUUAAAAAUGAAACAGUUUUUACUUUUAGAGCAAAGGAUGAUCUAACUUUUGAGCAAUGUCAUAAUUAGCCUUUAAAAAUUGCAAUUUUCAAGAACCCGGUUAUAGGUUAUAUUCCCAUGAAUGCUGCAACUGUCAGCCAAGCUGUAAUCCUCACAUAUUUUAAGUAUCAGUGCCAAGCUUUGACUUUAUUUAGAAACAUUUUGACAUUGUUGGGCACGGUCUUCUCUCCCAUCGUCUGACUCGCCCUGUCCUUUGCUGCCCUCUUGAUGUAUUUAAUUGUAUAUAAAAUGAAGCACUUUGUACUGUACAUUGUUAAUUUAUUGCACAGGAUUUCCUAGUUUUGCUUUAUUGUUAGUUGCCUUUGUGGUUUGUUUUCUAUCAAAAUGUAAUGAAAGAAUAAUAAAUCCUUCAAUCCUACAUAUCAUAC